AGUCUCAAAGCUACGCUGAAGCCAUUAACCACUCUAUGGUGAUGUCUGACAGCACUGUGGGCACUAACCCUGCUUUGCUGAGGGCCAACAUGCAGACGGAUCCCUCCUUUCAGCGCUAUUUUGUAUCUUCGUGUAGUGUUUCCAGUAACAGUCCUAUCCCAGGGGCAGAAAGCUCUUCUGCAACAGAACAUCCUUGGCUUGAAGGCAGUCCUAAAGAUUCCCUGUCGCUCCAGCUUUCAGUGGGAAACAGCAGGCCACCAGGAAGUUACCUUGUGCCCUCUGAAUUUUCAAAUGCUGUGCAAGAUGUCUCUCUCUUGUCUCAUUUCCAAACUCCAGGACUGCAGGUCAUCACCCUGAGCAGCCUGGAGAAUUCACCAGCAGAGCUGCAGCAAGAACCUGCUGUCAGCAGCAGUGCCCGGGCCUACCUGAGUUUCAGUGGGGGCAACAGGAGCAGUAGCUCCCCGCAAGAGGAGAAACAAGCUACUUUCAUGGCUAAUACUAGCAUCUCUCCUAAAACCAUGAGCUCACCAGUGGCAAAUGCCGACGACAAUGGCUUUUUGACACAAAACUUUCUUACAGUGGCCUCUGGACACAAUAGCCAGAACAGGGCGUUUCAGCAGCACCAUGGAGGGAACCUAAAUGCUCAGCCACCUAUUCCAGAGAAAAAGAGGUCCUCUGAAGGGGACCGUUCCUUUGUCUCUGUGUCACCUUCUUCAAGUGGCUUCUCUAGCCCCCACAGUGGAAGCACAAUCAGCAUUCCCUUCCCAAAUGUCCUCCCAGAUUUCUCAAAAAUGUUGGGCACUUAUCCAUUGCCAGAAAACACAGCUGAUAAACACGUGACUGUAAAAUUUGUCCAGGACACAUCCAAGUUUUGGUAUAAGCCAGAUAUUUCAAGAGAACAAGCCAUUGCUGUUCUCAAGGACAAGGAACCAGGGUCAUUCAUUGUUCGAGACAGUCAUUCUUUCCGGGGAGCCUAUGGGCUAGCAAUGAAAGUUGCUACACCACCUCCUUCUGUGCUACAGUUAAACAAGAAAGUUGGAGAUUUGUCAAAUGAACUUGUAAGACAUUUUCUGAUUGAAUGCACUCACAAGGGGGUGCGCUUGAAAGGAUGCCCAAAUGAACCAUAUUUUGGGAGUUUGACAGCUCUGGUGUAUCAGCAUUCCAUCACCCCACUGGCAUUGCCAUGCAAGCUUCUCAUUCCAGACAGAGAUCCCUUGGAGGAGAUAGCAGAAACUUCUCCACAAACUGCUGCAAACUCAGCAGCGGAGCUUCUCAAACAGGGUGCAGCUUGUAACGUUUGGUACCUGAAUUCAGUGGAGAUGGAGUCCCUCACAGGCUACCAGGCAGUACAGAAAGCCUUGAGCCUGACGCUGAUGCAAGAUCCUUCUCCUAUCUCAACUGUUGUCCAUUUCAAGGUGUCUGCACAGGGAAUCACGUUGACAGAUAAUCAAAGAAAACUUUUCUUCCGACGGCAUUAUCCAGUCAACACUGUUAUUUUCUGUGCUUUGGAUCCACAGGACAGAAAAUGGAUGAAAGAUGGCCUUUCUGCAAAGGUAUUUGGGUUCAUUGCUAGGAAGCAAGGCAGUGCCACAGACAACGUAUGCCACCUAUUUGCAGAGCACGAUCCAGAGCAACCUGCCAGUGCCAUUGUGAACUUUGUAUCAAAGGUCAUGAUCGGAUCCCAGAAGAAGAUCUGAUACUUUUCCAUCCUUGACUCAGAGCUCUUCACUGACUUCACUGAAGGAAAGCACUGUGAGGGGUAAAAGCCUAUUCAGCAGCAAAUUCUGAACCUUGUCAAUCCCAAGA